AUGACGAGGGAGAAUUUUGAGAAGGGGAUUUCAACCAUAAAAUCUCAGGGUGGAAAGAUCCUUACAGGCGGAUCGGUUAUCGAGUCAGAUGGCAAUUUUGUUCAACCAACAAUUGUUGAGAUUGCUUCAAAUGCUUCUGUGGUGAAAGAAGAAUUGUUUGGCCCCGUUCUCUAUGUUAUGAAGUUUAAGACUCUUGAAGAAGCAAUUGAACUGAACAAUUCAGUACCACAAGGACUGAGUAGUUCAAUUUUCACAAGCAAGCCGAGUACUAUUUUCAAAUGGAUUGGGCCACAUGGUAGUGAUUGUGGUAUAGUGAAUGUAAAUAUACCUACAAAUGGAGCUGCGAUUGGCGGUGCCUUUGGCGGAGAAAAGGCAACUGACGGUGGUCGUGAAGCAGGGAGCGACUCCUGGAAGCAAUAUAUGAGGCGUUCAACAUGUACAAUCAACUACGGGACUGAACUACCACUUGCUCAGGGUAUAAAUUUCGGCUAGUGAACCAGGCGUCACAGCAAAGCUCGGUCUAAACCUUGGUCAUGACAUGUCAAGGAAAAGGUACAUUCUGCCGAAUCUGCUGCUGUCAUGGUUACGAGUACCG